AUGGACAGAAUUAGCAGAGCAUUUAAAAUGCUGCAUAUUUUAAAUAACCAACAAAGGGAGAAAAUACAUAGUUUACGACGAUGUGUCGUGAAGAAACCUAAACUUCAGCAUGGUAAUGACUCCGAUUUUAUUUUGUCAGAUUCAGAGACGGAAGAAAUUGUGGAACCGAAAUUAACCAGAAAAAGUUUAAAUAAAAUUAAGAUUAUUAAUGACAUUACUUUGGGAGCUGCAAAGGUUGUUCCUGAAGAAUCUGAUUCCAAAGGUGAUCCAAAGGUGAAGAAGAAGCCUAGCAAUGAAAAAGAAAAAGAAAAAGAAAACGAAAAAGAAAAAGAAAAAGAAAAAGAAAAAGAAAAAGAAAAAGAAAAAGAAAAAGAAAAAGAAAAAGAAAAAGAAAAAGAAAAAGAAAAAGAAAAAGAAAAAGAAAAAGAAAAAGAAAAAGAAAAAGAAAAAGAAAAAGAAAAAGAAAAAGAAAAAGAAAAAGAAAAAGAAAAAGAAAAAGAAAAAGAAAAAGAAAAAGAAAAAGAAAAAGGAAAAAGAAAAAGAAAAAGAAAAAGAAAAAGAAAAAGAAAAAGAAAAAGAAAAAGAAAAAGAAAAAGAAAAAGAAAAAGAAAAAAGAAAAAGAAAAAGAAAAAGAAAAAGAAAAAGAAAAAGAAAAAGACAAAGAAAAAGAAAAAGAAAAUGAAAAAGAAAAAGAAAAAGAAAAAGAAAAAGAAAAAGAAAAAGAAAAAGCAAAAGAAAAGGAAAAAGAAAAAGAAAAAGAAAAAGAAAAAGAAAAAGAAAAAGAAAAAGAAAAAGAAAAAGAAAAAGAAAAAGAAAAAGAAAAAGAAAAAGAAAAAGAAAAAAAAAAGAAAAAGAAAAAGAAAAAGAAAAAGAAAAAGAAAAAGAAAAAGAAAAAGAAAAAGAUAA